AAAAAGUCACCAUUCGGGUCAUACCAAUGCUUCUCCCGCCCGAUGCUAGUGGGCCUGUAUUGUCUGUUGUGUUGUUGGUGGGCAAUGCGCUUUAUAUUAAAGAAACACAGUCCCUCGCUUACUACCACUUUUUAUCAUCACGUACUCACCAGCCUCUAACCCCCCCGAUCACUCCUACCGGACUCACAUUUUUCUGAUUCAUCUACCAUCACAUAUUGAGAUUCGCAGCAAUGCGCUCUAUCACUACUGUCCUCCUCUUCCUGGCCCUCGCUGCCUUGGGACUUUGCCGCCCCAUCCCAGACACUUGCCCCAUCGCGAACUGUGAAUCAGUGAUGGAAGCUAUCGGCAACUUGAAAGGCGAGAUCAAGGAUGACCCUCAGGGUGUGACGCAGCAAUGGAAGGGCAGCGGAGAAGGAAAUGGCAACAAGAACAAAAACAAAACCGAAGAGGGAAAGUCCGACGACGGAACCGAAGUCACUGAAAAUACUGAGAAUACUGAAAAUACUGAGAGUACUGAGAAUACUGAGAAUACUGAGAAUACCGAAUCAACAGCCACCGAAGGCCAGACGGACGACCCAACCGAAGACCCCAAUGGAACUGGUGGGAAUACUACCACAGAGACCGAAUCAACAGCCACCGAAGGCCAGACGGAUGACCAGACUCCCGACGAUGGCGGCAUGGCAGACUGCCAAAACCACCCUGGCGCACAUGGCAAGUAUCACAGUUCGGGCACGCACAGCACCCCGAACUGUCCUCCUCCUUCAUGAGCCAUGAGCCACGAGGAGACGGAGCAGG